AUGCACCGCGCCUGCUGCAGCGCCGGGGAGGAGGGUCACUGGGGAGGUCACCUGCCGGUGCUGCACUACGGAGAGCCGUCGGAAGACGUGGAGGAGGAAGAAGGAGGGCCGGGGCAUGGGAGAAAGGCGCCCGCCACGCAGCCCUUCAACGGCGCGUGCGCGCCGCAAUGGAUGCCGCCCUCGAAUUCGCACCCGAGCGGGGCUGAUGGCGACGGGCGGGGCCGUGCGGGGCGCCCAGACAUCUCGCGCCUUGGGGAGGAGGCCCCCCUGGCUGCCGUGGAAGCCGAGCGGCGAGUAAAUGUCAUGCGAAUAUUCCUCAGGCUGGUGGGUUCAAAUGUUGAGGACGAAGGCAACCUGGAAAAGUUGCUCACGGACAUAAGCAGCGAAGAAUUCGCACAGAUCGCGGAGGAGAGAGGCUUGGCUGGCCGGUGUGGCAACCCCAUGUGCUCAUCCCAUGUCCAUGGAUACAAAGGCAAGUCAAGGUUCAAAGUUGAGAGGGCUGGGGCCGAGCUACAGCUCCAUGACCUCACAUGCUUCUGCAGCUCACGAUGCAAGGAGAAUGUCAGGAGGUGGAUGCAGAGAUUGGGAAAUCCAUAUGACAGGCUAAAGGACAGCCCCAUGUCUAAGGUGCUGCAAAAUGCCCUUGUGUCCCAUCGGGCCAGGCAGGGGAGCUCUGAAGGGAAGGCUGAAGCUGGCUGUGCCGGAACCCUCAUGGGCUCUGUGGUCGAGCACUUGCAAAGUGUGAAACCCACCACAGCAAGCACUGGCCACUAUACGCAGUCAGUGGCUGAGCAGUCCACUGCAGCUGUGGAGGGCUAUGUACCAAAAGCAAAUUCCGCCAGGCAACAAGCCAGUUCCCGAAAACAUUUGGAGACCAACCAGCACCAGGUGGACAGGAAUGGCAUGCCACAAAUCCAAGAAAGAACAUCGCCAUCCAGUUCAACUGUGGAUGUGGGAAUUGAUGUCAGUGAGAACGAUGAGAACAAGCAUCAGUCACAAGAACUGCAAAUGAGAGGAAGCUCUGCAGGGGCAUCGUGUGUGUCUGAGCAGCAGACAGCUGCCCUUGACUUGCAUCCGGGAUGUGAAGAAUUGGAAGAAUUCCCUCGGGUGCUUGACUUGGGUCCGGAGCAUGGGGGACUGCAGGUUGUUGACAGACCAUACUUGAAUGUGGAUGGUGGACCGCUGCAAAUUGACUUGGACAGCACCCGGGAUGGGUUUGCAGGGGGCUCCGACACAGACAGUGACGAUGGUGCCGAAGGUGUUGCUUACUUUGAGAUGCCAUCGCCUGCCCGCCACGAGUCCACGCUGUCGAUUUUUGGCCGGCUGUAUAUGGCCCUGGACAGCUGGGUGACGCCCUCGACUAUUCAAUUUCUUCACCACGGCUUGAAAUCACCUCCUGGCGACAUAUCGGCUGUCCAAGAUUUCCAAGCGCUCCAGGUCUUGUCAGGUCACAUGAGCCGAGCGUUGGCGCCUGUCAAUCGGCGCCUGCAUGUCAGGACCACGUUGUCCUCACUUGAGAAAGACUUUGCCAGGCUGCUGGCCACCUUCAAGUUCGACUGCCCCCUGCCAUGUUUGUCUGCAGCCGAGUGGCAGAUCAUUGUUGCGACUGUGCUCAGAGGAUUUUCCCUCACUCUGCUGCCCAGCUUAAGGACCGCGUUUGAGGGUGAGCAGGCCUCUGAGAGGGUCGAAGCGCUGUUGAGGCCAGUCGGCUUGGACAGAAGCAGAUUCGACGCUUUGGGGUUUGUGUUUUCUGCAGAACGGGUGUUUUAG